CUGUCACAAAUUAAUUCAUUCAUUCAUUACAAAACAUUCACAUUUCACAGUCUGAUAACAUAUUUCUCAGAUCUAAUAAAUAACAAAUUCCUAUAAAUGCGAGAUUCAUUUCAAAUGGAUUCCACCUCGAAAAAUGCGAAUUCAGCUUCAUGUUGUUCUUCAUCUCCAACGACGUCGUCUUCUAUACAAUUUCCAGAACCUUCUUUAACUUCUCCGGCUUCAUCAUCUGUUAAAAGUAAACCACCACCACCACAACAACCGCCGCAUUCUCAGGACUUGUUACCGUUAGGUUUUCAGAGAUCCAUCGAGAAUGUUACUGUUACUGUUCGCUUUCGCCCUCUCAGUCCAAGGGAAAUAAGAAGAGGAGAGGAGAUUGCAUGGUAUGCAGAUGGAGAAACGAUUUUACGGAACGAGGAAACUCCAUCAAUAGCUUAUGCAUAUGAUCGGGUGUUUGGGCCUACAACUACAACACGCCAUGUAUAUGAUAUUGCUGCCCAACAUGUUGUUAGCGGUGCGAUGGAAGGCGUUAAUGGAACCAUCUUUGCCUAUGGCGUGACAAGUAGUGGAAAGACACACACCAUGCAUGGUGACCAGAGGUCCCCAGGAAUUAUUCCGUUGGCUGUAAAGGAUGCUUUUGGCUUCAUUCAAGAGACUCCAAACCGUGAAUUUCUUCUUCGUGUCUCAUAUUUGGAAAUUUAUAAUGAGGUCGUCAAUGACUUGUUAAAUCCAGGAGGGCAAAAUUUAAGAAUACGAGAGGAUAGCCAGGGAGCCUUUGUCGAAGGAAUAAAGGAGGAAGUUGUGUUAUCUCCUGCCCAUGCUCUUUCUCUCAUUGCAGCUGGAGAAGAGCACAGACAUGUUGGGUCAACAAAUUUUAAUUUCCUCAGUAGCAGAAGUCACACAAUAUUUACUCUGACAAUUGAGAGUAGCCCUUGUGGUGAAGAGGGUGAAGACGAGGCGGUUAACUUUUCACAGCUGAACCUCAUAGAUCUGGCAGGUUCUGAGAGCUCCAAAGCUGAGACUACUGGUGUCUGUCAGAAAGAAGGAUCCUACGUUAAUAAGAGCCUGCUAACUCUUGGAACUGUCAUUUCCAAAUUAACAGACGGGAAAGCUUCUCACAUACCAUACAGGGACUCAAAAUUGACCAGGCUUCUUCAAUCUUCAUUAAGUGGUCAUGGAAGAGUAUCACUAAUUUGUACUGUUACCCCCUCAUCAAGCAAUUCAGAAGAAACACAUAACACGCUAAAAUUUGCCCACCGUGCAAAGCACAUUGAAAUUCAGGCUGCUCAAAACAAGAUUGUAGAUGAGAAAUCCCUAAUCAAAAAAUAUCAAAAUGAAAUUCGAUCUCUGAAAGAGGAAUUGGAUCAAUUAAAGGGGGGCAUUAUAACAAUUCCUCAACGAAAGUCUGAAGAUGGUCAAGUCCAGUCAAGACUGGAGCAAGAAGACGAAGCUAAAGAAGCUUUGUUAAGCCGAAUACAGAGUCUGACAAAGUUAAUUUUGGUAUCCAAUAAAUCACCACAUGCAUCUAGAUUUUCUCAUCGCCCUGGUUUAAGGAGAGGAUAUUCUUUUGGAGAAGAAGAGCUUGCAUAUCUCCCACCCAGAAGGCGUGACGUAAGUUUGGAUGAUUCAAACACUGAGCUGUUUGUUUCUGCUGAUGGAAGUACAGAACCGAACAAUGAUGUGCUGAAGGGGGAGAAAAAGAUUAAGAAGCCUGGAUUGCUUAACUGGUUAAAACUGCGGAAACGAGAUAAUCUCUCUGAGGCUUUGACCAGUACAAGUGAUAGAUCAAGUGGAGCCAAAUCUAAUAGUCCGCUUUCAACUCCUUCAGCGAGUAAUCAUAAUCCUCUUACCGAAUCCAUACAUUUACGCUCCUUGCCUACAGAAUGCACAUCUGGCGAGUUCUUGUCAGAUGCCAAACAAGAUCAACAAAUUGACGAGGAUAAUUAUUCACAUCAAGAGACUCCUUCGACUAGCGUCAGGACCCUUGAUCAUAUUGAUCUUUUGAGAGAGCAACAAAUUGUAUUGUCUGGGGAGGUUGCAGUUCAUUUAAGUACAUUAAAGCAGUUGUCAGAGGAGGCUGCACGAGACACUAAUAAGGAAUUCUUGAAUGUCGAGAUAACCAGAUUAAAUGAUAAAAUCAAACAGAAGAACAAACAAAUCUCCCUUCUGGAAGGCCAAAUAGCUGAUUCAGCUACAUCAUCUCAUCACAAUAUGGAUAAAGUUGAACAAUCACGCUCUGUUUCCGAGCUAGAAGCACAACUAAGCGAGAAAUCUUUUGAACUUGAGGUGAAAAUUGCGGAUAAUCGAGUAAUUCAAGAACAGCUCAACCUGAAGAUCACUGAAUGUGAAGGAUUACGAGAAACAAUUGCUUCCUUGAAACAGCUUCUUCCAGAUGCUCAUGUUGCAGAUAAAAAAUUUGAAAAGACGGAAGAUACAAAGCAAGAUUUGCUUCAGCAGGCGCAGCAGGCCUUUGAGAUUGAACAACUCAAACAGAAAGUGAUUGAGCUCUCCGACUCGAAGGAUAUGUUAGAAGCACGGAACAAAAAACUAGCAGAUGAAAGCUCAUAUGCCAAAGGAUUGGCCUCUGCUGCCGCAGUCGAGCUCACGGCUCUAUCCGAAGAAGUUUCAAAACUAAUGAAGCAGAACGAGAGACUAACAGCUGAGCUAGCAUCACCAAAGCACUCAACAACCCCGCGUAAAACAAUUGUUCCUACUAAAAACGGACAAAGAAAUAAUAGUCAUACAAGACAAAAAGAAAAAAGCCCGUCUCAAUUAGAGCUAAAAAGAGAACUGGCAUUGUGUAGAGAAAGAGAAUUGUCUUAUGAAGCACUGCUCUCCCAAAAGAACGAAAGAGAAUCUGAGCUACAACAUAGGGUAGAGGAGUCACAACAAAGAGAAGCUUAUCUUGAAAAUGAGCUUGCAAACAUGUGGGUAAUGGUGGCAAAACUAAAGAGAUUACAAGGAGUUGAGACUGAGCCAUCUGAGUCGAGUAAAGAGAACCAAUGAAGUGAUCGAUGGGACCUCAUAUGAUGUGCUCGCUGUGAUCUAACUACACCAAAUCAUUCCACCAAUCAUAGAUUGUGCGACAUCACCACAGACGGGUGUACGAGUUAUUUGUCAAUAUAAAACUUGAUGUCCGUCUUCUGACAAUGGUUCGUGGUAGUUUUUUGAGAGUGGGAAUGUAAUAUCGGCUUAUAUAGUAGCUUCUAACCAUGGGAAAAUGUUGUGCGCAUCAAAAAUUGGAAGUACAUCUACGCGCUGAAAGGCGGAAAAAAGGGUUAAUCAUGUUCCUGUUCAUAGAAAUGAUAUCAGAUGGGAUAAAAAUGAAAAUUUUUAGAAAGAGUGUUUGCACACAACUUGUAUGCAAGUAACUUGUUGGAUGUUGUUCCUUAUAAUUAAUAUUUAUGUAAAUUAAGUUAUUAUUA